CUAGGUCCUUCCUUCGUUGUAAAAUGUACCUGUCUUCGAAGUACCUAAUUUGCACCUGUAGAUGUAAGCUGCCUGGCAUUCAACAGUGGCAACACCACUAUGUUUAAUUAUUACAGUGACUACGUGGAUGCUGUUCGACAAUCCUUCUUGACUAGAUCCUUUUCUUUUGAAGCAUCAUUCAUUCACCAACACAUCGUCAACUCACAUCUCUUUUUCAGAGCGUGUCUCUAUACUACGCGCUGUGCCUAUAUCAUCGGUAUACGGCCUUACUAUUAGUCGCCCCAUUUGGACAUAUCGUAUUAACAACGUGUCUAUCAUCGCAAUUCGUUCAACUACCUCUUGACUGCCUAUCUAGCCCGACAACCAUGGAUUCUUACAGAAGAGCCAUUGUCAACCUCAGCGAUGUGCAGCAUCCCAACUACGGUCUCACCAAGCUGAACGACGCUUCCAAGUUCCUCUCAAUGCUCCCUAAAGAAGUCCGACUCAUGAUUUACGAAUAUACGGUAUAUGCUAGCCAAGAGAUCAGACCAUUGCAACUUGAGUCCCGCUCAAACAAGUUCAUCUGUUAUAUACUUAUGCCCAGUAGCAAAGAUCGCCUAUGCCGACAUCAGCCGGCGGUUGUUUCGCUUGCUCGCGUAUGCCGAGCCAUAUAUGCCGAGCUUGAACACUUUCAGCCGUUCUACAAGGUCAACAAGUUCUAUUUUACGAAAUUGACCGAUCUUCGUACAUAUCUUGCAGCUAUUACACCGUCUCGUCGUCAAGCAAUCCGUCGGGUCGAUUUCAGGAUAAAUGAUUGGUUUGACCACUGGCUUCUAGCUAAGCGAAUAUUUUCGGAUAGCCCUACAUACCCAGUAGACCACGGCACGUUGGUAAUUCUCAGUCAAACCAACCUCGAAGAGUUUACCCUCAUUGAAGAAAUAUCCGAUCUACCUCCAGGUACAGUCGCCGCCGACGUGUUGCGCCAGAAUCUCAAACAGACCUUAGAAUAUCCUGACGGAUUGCACACCAUGCGGAACCUGCCUUGCUUUCGACUAGGGUUCGUCCUUGAGUCUCCGGACGAGACUACUGAUAAGUUGAUAAAGGAAAUCAACGAAGCAUUGGAGACCCGCAGGCGACGCAUUGGUACGGAUAUACCCGAAUGGUUUAAGCAGUUGAAUAACUUCAGAUCGACAGAAAAAGCCCUACGCGAAGUUGGCGAUCUCGAUAUUCUAGGCGAAGAUCGAGUAGCUCUAGAUAGAGCUGCUAGUUAUUUUGGUAGCAUCUCUUCUCGGACAAGGGGCAAAUGCCGACUACCCAAUUCAGAAGGCCAGAUACUUAAGAAUACACCAAGAUACAGCGCAGAUGGCAUCUUGACUUCUUACAUCUGCGGAAUAGCCGAUAUUCGUUGGGAUGGAACGGAUGUGCAGUGCCAAGUGUCGCACAGGCACGGAGAUAAGAGCUGGGAGGAUGUUUCUGCUAUCCUUAUCCCUGACAACGUACGUGCCAUUAUAUCGUUCUACAAUCAUAUGAUAGAGAAAAAAGACUCUAGUCACUUGGAUGAGAUUAAGAGCAAGCCGACCUUGCGCGAUAUCCUCAAGAUUCAAGGGGGCUUUCACUUUAUUCAGCAUACUGGGGCAGAGGGUUAUAGAAAAAAAGCACUGUCUUAUAUGAGAGAAGAUUGGUUGGCAUCUGCAGACCGAUGGGACACUUACAUAGCCGAAUUGGAAACGGCGAAAACUUUGGGGGGGCAGAGAGAAGAAGCAACCCGGAAAGCCAAAAGAAGAGCCCGAAGAAGAAGCUGAUAUAGUAAGAGAAUAUUGGAGGGGCCUACGCAUAGUAGGAGACGACUUAAUUUGGAGAGCAACGACAUCACGAUGUUCGCAGGGCCUAUGACGCACGAUAUGAUGGAGAUAGGAAGAUGUGGCCUGGUGAUGCUAUCAUAACUCAGUUGUCAUCAUCGGCGAGUUCCUAUUGCAGAAGUAAAACUUCAAGGAAGGGGGUAGUUAGGUGUUUUUUCGACACUCAGACUUUAUUGUUGACUCUUUUUUAUUAUAGUUGCUUGUACUCUAGUUGAAGACCACUGUUUAGGUGAACAUUUCGGAAGAUACGAAUGAUAAAUCAGCUGCCUUUGUGAAAUAUAUCACCGAGGUAUGCUAAGUCCAGACAUAAUUGCUGGUAUGAAAAGUAUGAAUUAUAAUACUGCUCCUACAUAGUGACUAGUCUUGCCCCAUUACAUAUUACCAAC